AUGGGGGUCGUCCGUGCGCUCUUGCGCCGCGUGCAGUCGCGGGGCGUGCUCGUGACGCGCGUCUUGGCCAUUCCGCAACCCCCUCGCCAUCACAAGGAUGACGCUACCCCGCACCCUUCAUCCGCGGACCCGCCGUCCGCGGAGGACUUGCCCAUCGAGUCGACGUUCAUCAAGCUGCAGAAAAAGUACAUCCAGGAAAUGGCGCUCAAGGAAUCCCUCGACGAGAAGCGGCACAAGCGCCGCCGCACCCUGUCGACCUUUCACUCUCCCUCAUCCAAACUCCCUUAA